GUUCUUUUAACUUUGUUAGAAAGGUAAGUCUCCCAAUUCUAAUCUCACAAUGCCGUCCUCUAGCAAGGCCAGAAAGGCCAAAAUGGUUAAGAACCAACCCAGCAUCAAAAAAUACUUCAAGAGGAAGCAGGAUGAGGUCAAGGCACCAAUUCCAGCUACCUCUCGUCCGAUCAAACGUCGCCGGGCCUGUGGCCUGGAUGAUGGGUCGGAUGGGGAUGGCAGCGGCUGCAAGGACAGUGUCCCUGAAAACAAGCUGCCAUCAAGUGAAGGUGAUCGCAAGCUGGACAGUGUCCAGAAGGCCUCACCUUCGCUCCUGAAGUGCGGGGAAAGUGAGAUGGACUGCGUCCAUCCUGCGACCCUGCCUGAUGACGAUUCUGCCCUCAUCAGUGAUGGGGAACAGGACGUUAUCGACGUCGAAGUCGGCGACAAUGAGUAUAUUGCCUGCCCAGACGACGACGUCGAGGUUAACGAUAAGUUCGAAGUCAUAGUGACUUAUGCAACUCAUCGCCUCACCACACCUGUCAAGACGGACACAAAGUUUCUUAUCCAAAGGCGCUUCCGGGUCAGUGACCCAGAAGACCGGAUAAGAAUGCGGGCUGGCCAAGAGGUCCAGCACGCUGAUAUGUCGCUAGACAGCGAGCUUGAUAUACAGUACGACGAGCUGAGUAUACAGUGUAUUUCAGCUUCAUCAUCCAAAGUGUUCCGGGUCAGUGACCCAGAAUACUGGCUUGGAGUCGAUGACAGUGGUAUCGUCAGGGAUGAGAAGAGUCUCUUUUACCCCGGUGAUGUCGAUGGUGAUGCCAAGUUCGAAGAAGGUGGUCCUCAAAUUGUUUUUGAGAAGGGAGUAGUCUUAGAGGCUCUCUACCUCCCAUUCAUGGCGACGGGUGCGGUUUUGUCCCUGGUGAUAUGGAUCACCUGGGCAAUACCCGCUGUGAAACCUGUGUAG